AUGUCGACAGCUAUAAAAAAUAUUCCGUUCCACUACUUCAAUAAGCAUAAUAAUUGUGGUUCAUGGUGUACAAACCGCUUAGAAAAUGAUGAAUCUUUAAGUGUCAGUUGUAGAACGGAAUAUCUUAAAAAUCCUAAAUUGUUUGAAGAACUACAGGAAUUAUUCAAUGACUUGGCUAAAAACACACACAGAUUUGCAGCUUGUGCAUCUUCUCAAGCAAAUGAGAGUUUUAAUGCCAUGGUUGCUAGUAAAGCACCAAAAUCUCGAAGUUACAGUACAUCAAAAUCAUUUGACUAUAGACUAGCAUGCGCCGUGAGUCAAAAAAACUGUGGAGAAAAAUAUAUGCUCUCCGUAAUGAAGAAAUUACAACUGUCGCCAGGACAUUAUACUAAACAACAUGUAAAGAAAGUUGAACAUGUGAAGAAAAAACACUCUACAUUAAUAAAUAAACCCGAGUUCAAAAAACGACGUUUGUUUUUGAAAAAACAGAGGACACUUUUACGUAAGAAAAAGGAAACUUCUGAAGGCAACAUGUACGAAUCUAAUAUGGGAUUAUUGAAUUCAUCUGAAGAGGACGAAGUUAAUAGAAAGUUUCAUGGGUUGAAAACAAUAGAUACAGCAUUACCAUUAAAAAUGGUCUACUUUGAUCUUGAAACAUCUGGUUUAAGCGCGAAAGCAGAUAUUCUGCAAAUUGCAGCUAUUUGUAAUGAUAUAUCUUUCUCUGUUUAUUUGAAUCCGACACAAGAAAUUUCUCAGAGAGCCUCAGAAGUAACUGGUUUACAAAAUGUUGAGGGAAAUUUGCUUUUAAAUGGAAGAAAAGUUCAAUCAUUCCCCUUAUCAACUGCAAUGAAAAAAUUCUUCCUUUUUCUUGCUGACUUGGAAUGUAGGUGCAUUUUAGUUGUGCACAACGCUAUAUUUGAUUGUCCUCGAUUGAUGCUAGCAAUAAAAAAUGCAGGAAUGAUGGAUCACUUUCAACUUGUUGUCCAGGGAUUUACAGACACUUUGCCUAUUGUAAAAAAGAUUACUCGUAAAACGGAAAAAGGAGCGAACUCCCUUGAAGGUUUAGCUAAAUCUUUGAAUAUUACAGCAGAUAGUGCUCAUAAUGCUCUUUUCGACGUUUGUAUUUUACAAGAAAUUGUCCAAAAACUUGAUAUUUCAGAUGAUACUCUAAUAAAUUGUCAAAAAAGUUGGCAAACUUUUUUAAAAGAACAAAUUUCCAAAGAGACUAUUUCUGCAGCAGCCAAAAAACUCUUGAUUCUUCGUGAUUGUACCACAAGUCAAAUGCGAAAAAAAUAG